AUGAAAGAAGAGGAGAUUCAUUUCCAGAAGCAUGGGAGCUUAUUGUUGGAGGAACUCAUUGCAUCUUCAGGAGGUAAAUACAAUCCCAUCCGUACGUUUUCUUCCAACCAAAUCCUUCAAGCUACAAACCACUUCGACUGGAACCAUGUAAUCUCUGAAGACAGAUUCGUGUGGUACAAAGGUACUAUUGAAAACAGAGCCGUGCUGAUCAAGAACUAUAGAGAAGAAACCUGUAAUUUCAUACCUGACAAUUUCGACCGUGAUAUAGCAGUCUCAUCGAUGAUGAGCAGCCACAAGAACGUUCUCAAGCUUUUAGGGUGUUGUCUAGAGUUUCCUCAUCCGGUUCUCGUGUGUGAAUACCCGGAAAAUGGAGCUCUUACCGAUCAGAGGCGUGCAGGGGCGGGCAUCAAGCCAUUGCCUUGGAAUGUAAGACUGAAGAUCGCUAAGGAGAUUGCGGAUGCUGUAACGUAUCUUCAUACCGAAUUCCCAAGAACUAUAAUCCAUAGGGAUUUAAAGCUUGCAAAUAUUUUCCUGGACGAGAAUUGGACUGCCAAGCUCUCUUCUUUCAGCCUCAGCAUACUGAUUCCGGAGGGAGAAUCCGGCGUAUUUGACAUGAUUAUGGGGACAACAAGCUAUAUCGAGCCCCGGUAUUGCAGCACAGGUUUUGUCACUGAGAAUGUUGACGUCUAUAGGCUUGGAUUCAUCAUGCUAAGUCUUUUGACAGGAAAGUCUGAAUUCAUUCAUGAUCCGGAUAUUGGUAACACUUCUACGCUGCCUGAAUAUGUUGGUAAGUUUCUGCGGCCAGGACUGUUCACUAAAAUGAUAGACCCAUCGAUGUUAAACAGCGCGGAUGAGAACACUCCUGAUCAUUCAAGACUGCAGAUGGAAACAUUUGUUGAACUUGCUUUGAGAUGUGUUAGUUUCAGACCAGGAGAGGACGUGCCUCAAAUGAUAGACGUUGCAAAAGAACUCAAGCAGAUAGAAAAACAAACUUGA